AUGGCACCUACUCGAGACCCCAAGGACGUGCAGGCAUGGCUGAUCGGAAGCGGUGUCGCAUCGCUUGCGGCUGCGGUACAUUUGAUUAAUCAGGCAAAGGUUCCGGCUCAACAAGUCCACAUCCUCGACGUCCACCAUGGCUCCGGCGGGGCCAUGAAAACGUCAGGUAAUUCGCAAGAAGGAUAUAUGCUACAAACAGGCGCACAGCCGUACUUUCACGGCGACUGUGUGCAGGACCUUCUUACGAUGAUUCCCAGUCCUGGAAAUCCGGACCAGACUGUCUGGGACGAUAUCAAAGAACAGGAGUUGCAUUCAAAGCCGCUUCACAAAGCACACACACGUGUUAUUAGGAAAAAUAAAGAAGGACUGCGCAACGUUGACAUGCAUGAUUUGCGAAUCGGUGGAAAGCUGCGUUUGGAGUUAAUUACAUUCCUUAUGGAGGGCGAGAGGAAGUUUGAUUCAAAGAAGAUUUCCGACAUUUUCGAAGAAACUUUCUUUGAGUCAGAAUUCUGGGCUCUGUGGUCAACAACCUUCAAGCUUCAACCGUGGCAUAGCGCAACGGAGUUUCACAGAUUGUUGGUCAAAUACCUUCCUGAAAUGAACGUCCAUAACGAUGUGCGAGAGUUGGACAAAACACCUUUCAGUCUUUACGAAUCAUUGAUAAUGCCCGUCACCACUUAUUUGAAGAAUCAAGGAGUUGACUUUCGGUUCCAUGCGAUGGUCACUGACCUCAAAUUGUACCCAGCCAGUGACCCAACGACCAUUUCAGAGAUCGUGAUGUUGGAGAACGAAAAGGAAAUGCUUAUCACAGUGGAUCCCAUUGACAUAGUCAUCGUGACACUAGGAGCGCUGUCUACCGGUAAGAAGACCGGAUCCAACGCCGAACCCCCUCAGCCAUAUUCUGUAUCCUCAGAUACAUUGAAGCGUGGAGAGUGGGGAUUGUGGCAAAAGCUUUCCAAUGAAUCUUCUAAGUUUGGCAAUCCUCUAAACUUCUUAUCGCGCCUGGAUGAGUCGAAAAUUGAGACAUUCACCACUACCUUGCAUGAUUCGGACUUUAUGAAGCAUUAUGCCGGACUCACUCAUGAUAAGCCAGGCACGGGGGCUCUGCUCACCGUGUUAGAAAGUCCAUGGGGAUUGAACAUCAGCGUCCCUCAUCAGCCAGUAUUUGCGACUCAACCCCAGAAUGUACAUGUUAUUUGGGGCUACGGCCUACACCCGGAAAGAAAAGGAAAAUUCGUUCAAAAGCCGAUGGAAUUAUGUUCUGGUGAAGAAGUUUUCUUCGAGCUUCUGUCCCUUUUGGGGUUCCCCGUCGACUCACUUCUUCCGUCGUCGAUCACAAUUCCAUCUAUCAUGCCACUUGGGACAUCCAUGCUUCUAUCUCGGACAAAGAAUGAUCGUCCACGCGUGCUCCCCCAUGAGACUACUAACAUCGCUUUUAUCGGCCAAUUUGUUGAAAUCCCUGAUGACACCACGUACAGCUUUGAGUACAGUGUCCGAGGAGCGCAAAUGGCAGUGUGCGGUCUAUUGAAUCUGGGACAUAGUCCUAUGAAAAUUAAGAAAAACAGACUUUUGGAGGUCUUCGGUUUGUUGGUGUGA